GAGAGAGAGAGAGAGAGAGAGAGCGGAGUUACAAACUGGAUGGAGCCGACUGAAGUAGAUACUUUAGUGAUAUUAAGUGGAUUUUGACAGCGGAUCUCUGGCGUUCGCUCCGCCGGCGUUUCCUACUGGAUCUUACAGCUUGCCCACUGGGGAAAUAAAUCAUUAUCCACAAGAAACAGAGCUGGCAUGCGCUAAUAUGGAAACCAAACCAUUCCUGUCUCUAGGGCUCCUGAAAAACCCCUGCGCAGUAGCGCCGCCGUGUUUGCGGAGCCGGCCGGGCGACGCUGGCACUUCACCCAAUGGCUGCUCCGGCUUCACGGAUACAUACCCGCCACAACAUCGCAGGAUAUCCACAGACUCCUCUGGUCAGCUGUCAUCCUCUGUGGGUCACAGAGGCAUCAGUGCCCAUCCUCUCCUCAGCCCAUCUACCAUGAGCUCCAGCCCGGGUCAGCUGCACUCGCCCAUCAACGGGCUGCCCUCGCCAUUCUCCACCCUCAGCUCACCUAUGGGCCAUUCGUCCAUGAGCGGCCCUUCCUCCACCAGCAUGAGCUUCAGACCCAGCCUGAGCCCGCAGCUCAGUUCCCCCAUGAAUGCAGUCAGUAGUUCAGAGGACAUUAAACCUCCUCUUGGUCUGAACGGAGUGAUGAAGGUCCCGGCGCAGCCCAUAGGAACCCUAUCCCUGUCCCUCACCAAACACAUCUGUGCCAUUUGCGGAGACCGUUCAUCAGGUAAACACUACGGGGUGUACAGCUGUGAGGGCUGUAAGGGCUUCUUCAAGAGGACGGUCAGAAAGGACCUGACGUACACUUGCAGAGACAACAAGGACUGUAUGAUCGACAAACGCCAACGCAACCGAUGCCAGUACUGCCGCUAUCAGAAGUGCUUAGCCAUGGGGAUGAAGAGAGAAGCAGUUCAGGAGGAGCGUCAGAGGGCGAAGGAGCGCAGCGAGGCUGAAUUCGGCGGCUGUGCCAACGAGGACAUGCCCGUGGAGAAGAUUCUGGAGGCCGAACUGGCAGUAGAACCAAAGACGGAGACCUAUGUGGAGGCCAACCUGAGCCCGUCUGCCAAUUCUCCGAACGACCCUGUAACAAACAUCUGCCAAGCAGCUGACAAGCAACUCUUUACCUUAGUGGAGUGGGCCAAGCGGAUACCUCACUUUUCGGACCUCCCGCUGGACGAUCAGGUCAUCCUUCUGCGAGCAGGGUGGAAUGAACUCCUGAUUGCUUCUUUUUCGCAUCGCUCCAUAGCUGUGAAAGACGGGAUAUUAUUAGCUACAGGCCUUCACGUCCAUAGAAACAGCGCACAUACUGCUGGUGUCGGAGCCAUUUUUGACAGAGUGCUGACAGAGCUUGUGUCAAAGAUGAGAGACAUGCAAAUGGACAAGACUGAACUCGGAUGCCUGCGAGCCAUUGUUCUGUUCAAUCCAGAUUCAAAAGGAUUGUCUAAUCCAUCAGAGGUGGAGGCAUUAAGGGAACGAGUGUAUGCUUCACUAGAGGCCUACUGUAAACACAAAUACCCCGAUCAGCCUGGCAGGUUUGCCAAGCUGCUGCUGCGUCUGCCCGCCCUGCGCUCCAUCGGCCUCAAGUGUCUGGAGCAUCUCUUUUUCUUCAAGUUAAUUGGAGACACGCCGAUCGACACUUUCCUCAUGGAGAUGCUGGAGGCGCCGCAUCAAAUCACAUAAACUCCUCAUGUACGAAACACACGGCAGGAACAUUACGCAAUGCGCUAAAUACUGUCCAACCCAUUCAUUACGGAAUACCAUGCCGGAUUAAGUGAGUUUUUCCUGGUUUGCAUGCACGUUUGGGAAGUCUCGCAACGUUCUGGAGUUUUUUUUUUUAUUUCUUUUGCCUUACAGAGGUCUACCUCUGCUUUCCACAGCCGAACCGCCUCAUCUCUGAACUCACAAUCAUUUUGCUGUGAAUGAGAGGACACAAAAUACCUCAGAUGCACUUCUACAUGCAGCUGUCCUUAAAGCGCGCCACUGUGUUGAUUUCAGUGGGUACGUUUACAUGGUCAUGAGUCAUCCAAUUAUUUAUCUUCUUCUGAAUAAGGCAAUAUUAUGAUUGAGGUGUUUACCUGAGUUGAUUUUAGAAUAUACCUGUCAUGUUCCUGCUUUAGAUGUUAUAAUACUAAUGCUACGCUCAAGUCCCACUUAAGAUGUUUGUACUUAAAGUUGGAAGUCUGAGACUUUAGCAUCUUGAUGUAAUUCCGACUGAAAUGUAAUAUUAAAUAGAGGGUGAGGCUUUCAUUUUGUGCAUCAUCACACCAGAUGCGAUUUGCGCAAAUCAAUUUUCAUUCGUUCAUUUUAUUGUCGGCUUAGUCCCUUUAUUAUUCUGGGGUCGCCACAGCGGAAUGAACCGCCAACUUAUCCAGCAAGUUUUUACGCCUCGA